CAUGUAUUAUAAUAUUACGUGUCUUGUUGCUUGUUACAACUAAACUAAACUUAAAUUAGUUUCAUAAAAUCACUUCCGGAGCUUUAAAGACCAACUCACUAAGUUUGCUGUUAAUAUUUCCUGUUAAUACAGUCACAGCUUUAAAGGUGCGCUUGUUUUUUUUCCGCCAUGUGUAUGAAUGAACUCCUGGGCAGCAUGUCAGUGACACUCCGGACUGACGCGCGUGUAUCGGCGUCACCGGCGCCCCUGAUGGUGGGAGAAUCUCACAGACACGCAGAUGGUUAGUGUCGGUGAGGGUAACCUGUAACCAUGAGCCAGCCGCACCGCGCGUUCAGCUGCCUCUCCAUCGCGCUCGUCCUGCCGCUGCUCCUGACGCCCGGUCCGGGGCGCGUCGCGGAGCUCGCGGUGGCUGCGGAGUACUCCUCCAAAACCGACUUGGAUUACGAGUUCGGGGACUACCGGGGGAAGUGGUGCAUCGACGACCACGGGUUUGUUUACGGAAUCGGAGAAGUGUAUUACCCGAGCCCCACGGCGUGUCCGUGCACGUGCACCGUGGACGGCCCUGUGUGCGUCCAACCUAAGUGUCCCCGCAUCCACCCCCGGUGCACGCGGAUGAGAUAUAAAGCAUGCUGUCCGGUGUGCGAGGCUAUGGCCAGGGUCUGCGUCUACGGGGGAAAAACGUACCGACCCCUUGAGGAGUUCAGGUUGUCGAAGUGUGAGCAAUGUCGCUGCGAGGCCAACAGAGAGGUGUACUGCAGCAUUUCGGACUGCCCCACCCCGCACUGUGUCAACCCCACCUACGAGCCCAACCACUGCUGCCCCAUCUGUAAGACUGGUCCCAACUGCUUUGCUGGGAACAGGGUGAUCCCAGCGGGGGAACGUGUGAACAUUGACGAGUGGACAGUAUGCUACUGCACCUACCGGGACGGGACGUGGCACACCCAUCCCCAGGCCACAUGUGAGAAGCCCCCCCAGCCCAGCUCGACACCCAGCGCCCGCACCGAGGCCCCCGCGGAUGAGGAGUCCAGGGGGAGAGGAGGGGGCCCGUUUAUUCCCAGGCUGCAUGUGAUACCAUGAAGGGGAGUGUAAAUAAAUGAAACCAUUUAUCUAUUAGGAUCAGGACAACAUUAAUCAACCUGCACAUUUAUGUUAUAAUAAUGAGACUAUUUCUGAACAUGUUCAAAUUCAUAUUUCUAACAAUUUCCAACAAUACACCAAAUAUUUUCGGAAUAUGCGGACAAAUUCACUUGAAAAGAAAUAAUUUGCAUGACAUUGUGAAUACAUUUCACAUUAUCCCUCAUUGGUGCUGAAACAAUUAAUUAAUUGUGUGCCCCCCCCCUUACUUACUAAUGAUACUCCUGUCGAAUGUAUUACUCUGGCUGAGCAUUGCAUACUGCAUUCGGUUGCAAAGUUAUGAUCGGAAAAUUAACACUUUGAGGAGCCUAGCAAAGUCAAUUAAUUGAUUAUUGGAUCGACAGAAAAUUCAACAUAAAUUUUGAGUGUCACUUUUUUAGUUUAAACUAAUUUAUCAGGCAAAAACGUUCACAUUCCUUCCAGCUUCUAAAAUGUAAGGAUUAGCUGCUUUUGAAUAGAAUCUCUUUGAGGUCUGGACUGUUGGUCAGGAAAAACAAUGUGAAGGUGUCAUCUGAGAAAAGAGUUGUUAGUCACGUGGGAAGCAUGAAGAGGAAUGAAUUGUGAAGAGGAGCUACGCACCAACAUCGGUACCUAAUGCGGUGAGGCCACCUUUGUCUAGACCAACGGUUCACAAACUUUUUAGGCCACGCACCCCCUUCUACAUCCCGACUGGGUUCACGCACCCCCAAUCCCCCACACCUUAAAAAAAAAAAAAAAAGCAACAGAGCCUAUUUAUAGCCGCAUAAAAAUCGGCGUCACAAGGCGUCACUUUGAAAGACCAAUAAGGAUGGCGAGGACACGUCUUCGGUGAUUAUGUGAGUCAUAGCAUGAAGGCAAA